AUGAACGAAGUGAUGAAAAUUGUUGUCCUGGCUCUAACUGCUUUGGUUGUUGCUACAGCAGCAACCAAGCCCAUCACUGGACGCUCCAGUCGCUGGGACCAGAUGAUCCAUGACCAUGGUGUCCGACACAAGAGACAAGCUGGGCGACAGUGGCGGACCAUUGAUGAACCUUGUGAUCUUGGUGAUGUGACUCGGUUUGACAAGCUUCAAAGACGUAAUUCUGGUUUUUUGGCUCCAGUGGGAAAUCAGGGACAGUGUGGCAGCUGUUGGGCAUUUGCAGCAGCUCAUGCAGUGUCUGAUACAAGGAACCUAGCAGCUGGUAGACAAUUGGACCUGCUCUCCGCUCAAUACACCACUCGGUGUGCAACAGACAAUAGUGGGUAUGGUUGCUGUGGAGAUUUUGCUGUGAAUGCUCUAGAACACUAUCGUGACACUGGGGUGGCUACAGAUGUUUGUUUACCGUAUAAUGAAUUAAGUUCUAAACCACCAGCCAGUAUUAAAGUAGAUGACUUCGCCUGGAAAGCAAGCAAUGCAAAACCUUGUUUUUCGGAAUGUGGAGAUGGAUCAGCUUUUGAUCCAAGCUCAAUAAAAAUUCCCAACUACAAGGUCCUAGCUGUAUACACUGAUGACACUAUAAUAGAUGCUCUCGACAGUGGGCAGGUUGUGAUAACUUCGAUUUGGGUGAACAAGGAUUUCGAACAAUACAGGUGUGGUGUCUUGACAACUACAGCGUCAGCUUCAAAUGCAAACUUUACUCAUGAUGUUACAAUUGUGGACUACGAAAACGACACUGCUUUGGUCGAUUUUUGGGUACUCAAGAAUAGCUGGGGAAGCAACUAUGGAGAGAGUGGGUACUACAGAGUUAGAAGGGGACAAGGAGAUCUCGGACUUGGACUCUAUCCCAUAUCUAUUCCACUACUUUUCCCAGAUUCGUCAGCAUCAUCGUCAGAUCCCACUGCAGAAACACAAAAAGCAUGCGCAUUGGUGGCUGUUACCGAGCCACAAAAUGAUAUCACAACAAUGAGUGCAGUCGACUUCGCACUACAAGGUCUUGUUGACGAUCAGCAAGUCCAGUGCCCCAAUGGAGUAGCAGCUACUGGUCUAAGCUUGCUCUCUUUUGACAGUGCAGGUGUCCAAGUGGUGGCUGGUACAAUGGUGGAGUUGACCGUAGACACGAGUGUCGGAGGAUGUGGAGCGACUGUAACAAAAACUCUAGAUUUGACAGUGUUUAUCGAUCUCGACGGAACGUUCACACUCACAGACUUCAACAUUGAAGACAGCAGCAUCGAAAACACGGCUAAGAUCCUAACUGCCUCCAUGCUGCUACUGUUUGCCAUGGUGAUGAUCAGCCUCAUCAACAAUUAAAAGCAAGAACUAUUAUUGUAUAAGAAACUUUAAGCCAAAGCUGAAGUAGCUAUAUAGCUGUAGUUAGAGAACCCCCCCCAAAAAACAAUGUAGACUAGUAUGCAAAUACAUGCAUAUACUUUAUAGUUGUGGCCCUCUUUUAGCUUCAAAGAGCAUUAUAGUAAUAUUCCAUA